AUGAGUUUCAACCGGAUCUCACAAUCAUAUCAGCUGGCUUUGAUGCUGCUGAAGGCGACCCUCUUGGCGGAUGCAAGGUGCUGCCCCUCUCUUUACCCCUCUCUCCUCCCAUCUCUCCUCCCAUCCCUUCCCCCUCACCCCACCUUUUCAUCCCCAUCCCCCACUUCGACCCUCUCUUCACUCCCUCCUCACUCUCCCCCCCCCAUUCUCUUCCAUUGCCCUUCCUCCCCUCAUCAUUCACUCUCCCUUUCUCCCCUCAUCACUCACUCUCCCUUCCUCCCCUCAUCACUCACUCUCCCUUUCUCCCCUGAUCACUCGCUCUCCGCUCCUCCCCUGCAUUCCCGCUCCUCAAUCACCCUCUUCGUUUUUGAGAC